ACACUAAGGUAAAAAAAUGAUUGUCACAGUCAUACUGAACUUUUACGUGCUGAAUUGCAUUUGAUUCAGUAAAACUGAAAUUAUAAAUUAAGAUCAAAGGCUAAAACAAUUCAAUAACAAAACUAAUUAUUAAUUAAUUAUCUAUCAUUAAUAAAAUUAAUUGCCUAUGAAUAUUGAAACUAUGAAUCAUGUGACAGGCAAAUUCAUUCUGCAGUUUUGCAAAGCCCUGCGGCAGGAGACAUCUCAUUCCGUGAAGAAGAAAGAAAGAAAAGUUAUUAAAAUACUUAACAAUGGAAGAUAAACCGCAAGAAGCCUAUCCCCAAUACCCUCCUCAACAGCCUGCCUAUCCACCUGCUGAUCAAGGGUACCCUCCUCAACAGUACCCACCACAGCCGGGUUACCCACCACAGCAGGGCUACCCUCCACAGCAGCCUUAUAAGGGAGGUGCUCCUCCACCUUAUUUUGGUAAUCCCGCUCCUCCUCAGCCACAGCCUGUGCCUGUGGCACAGCAACAAACAUCCAAUAAUGUUGUUGUGGUCAAUUCUCAACCAACAGUACCUGUGACUGCAGUAGUCCGCCCUACCGGAGACUAUUACUUGACUCUCUCCAUUGUAUUGACUGUCAUUUGUUGCUUCUGUGGUACUUGGUAUUCUCUGUUUUGUACCAUACCUGCCAUUAUUAUGGCUACGGCUGCUCGUGAUGCUUCUGUCCGUGGUGAUCUUGAAGAGGCUAAGACUAAAGGUCGUAUUGCUCUCAUUUUGGAUGUUGUUGCUUGUGUCUGGUGGAUACUGGCACUGAUCAUUAUCAUUGCAGCUGCUGCUGGGUCUGCUGCAAGUGCAAGUAGCUCGCCAACCUAUUACAGCAGUAGUUACAGUAGCAGCUACUGUCGCUAUUCGUAUUAUUAUGGCUACUAUUAUUGCUCUAAGUGAAGAAAUUCUUUUGAGUACGUAUUUUUGACACUUUAUACACAGUUCCCUUAUUUUAGACUUUUUAGUAUAUUUUUCUUUAAAAAAUUAUUAAUAAAAAUAAUUAUAGCCCGCAGGGAAUGGGCGAGGUUA